ACUGCUGAUAGUGUGACCAGACAAUGUCUGCCUAAAAAAUACCAACAAUUUGUUGUGUCUUUCUGCAAAUAUCGACCCACCUCUAGUUACAGAAAAAGUGUGUACACAUUAUACAAUUUUUUUUUGCAAAUUCUUGGCAACACUGAGCUCCACCCUCGCCGUUAUUAGCAAAUACGAACGAACGAACGAAAAAACGAAGAAAACAUGUAAAUUAGUAGAAAAGUCGGCUAAAAUUUAGUUUUUUUUUCAUCACACCCAUUCAAACCCGCCACAACAACAACAACAAGCAUGGAACACAAUGAAAUCUCAAUGUGCAUGGACGUCAAAUUGGAUACACAUGACAAGCGCGCAGUUGCGUUGCGCUACAAAACCUGGACAAGAUGCUUGGUGAAAAUCGAAGCGAUUAAAUGUGUGCCCUGCUUCCUGCGUCUCAGUUUCCAGAGCAUUAUAGACGACAAGGACUUGUCCUCACCACAACAGCAGCAGCAACAAAAAUUGCUUAGCGUUUCAGUUAAUGUGCCCGGAUUGAAUAUCAGUUUGGCCACUUCGCGCACCAAACAGCAUUCGUAUGGUUUAUUUUGGACGCAGAAUCGACGCGAUUGCUUCAUUUACUUUGCAUUGGAAACGGAGACGGCGUGUCGCCGGCACAUGAAGUGGAUCAAGAAGUCCAUCAAAAAUCUGGAGCUGUACAGGCAGGUGUUUCUCGAGCAGCGUCGACUCAGUCGGGACACAAGCUCUCAAAAGGCGCUUGGUCCUUUGCCCAAUUUGCCCGACUCCUUUUGCUUUGAUGUGGACACGAGCAGUUUCUCCUUCUCGGCGCGCGUCUCACAAAUCUAUGAGGAAAUUUUCGAUGGCAGUCGCAUCUCACGCGCCUCGGUUGCGUCGGGCAUUUAUGAGGAAAUGAAUCUGGCUGAAUCGGUUGGUGCAACACGUGCGAUUUUGGAGACGCCACCGGCUGUGCCGCCACUGCCGGCGCAUCGCAAGCGAAUCAACACGUUCGAAUGCCAGCCGGGUGAAAUACUACGCUCCAGCACCCAACCCGAAUCGGAGCUGGCCAAGAAGAAGAAGUACAAAAAUAUGUUGGACAACUUCUUCGGACAGAAGCGUCGAUCGGCGAGCGCAAGUGUGGGGCAGGAUCAGGAGCAGAAGGAACAGGAGCAGCAAUUGGUGCUCUAUGAAAAUGCACCCACUCCGGAGCCAAUUGCUCCGGUCAAGCGCACAUCGAACAUGAGCAAUGCGCAUCGCAACAGUUUCUCUAGUCCCGAUCUGUCCAAGCUCAAUUUUCUGGACACCUUUGGCGAUGCACUCUCCAGCGAUGAGCUAAACAUUAGUCUCGAGGACUCGGCCAUUGAGCACAAUAAUCCAAGGCAAAUUCUGCUUGCCGAGCUUACACGUCAUCUGAGCCAAGCCGAUUCGCUGGAGAGCCUGAAUGUGUCGCAUCAGUUGCCGCACAAUUUUAACUUUUCCGCCUGCAACACAUCCACCAUAAAUCUGAUUGGAGCCAAUGGUGCCGUCAGCCAAGGCAAUAAUGUCCAGUUACAGCAGCUGCAGCAACUGCAGCGUAAGAUGAUGGUCGAUGAUCUCAAUGGUUAUUGUGUGAUGGCGCCCAUCAUACAAAAGGCCAGCGGCUGCAACAACGCUCCUAUUGAGCUGAAGAAACCCACCGCCAGCACUGCAUCCACUUCGUCUGGAUACUCCACCGGCUCCCACAGCUCCUCCACGAGCAGCUGCAACACCGAUGAUCCCACCAACAAAGCAGCAACUGCAACUACAACUACUGCUGCUCCAGCUCCAGUUUCAGCUCCAUCCCAAAACGAGAGCGAUAUUUACGAAUCGAUGAGAGUCGAUGUGAGCUCAAUGAAUAGCAACAUUGUCCUCGCCGAGCAUCUAUAUGAGAAUCUACUGGCUGUGAAGGCCUCCCAGGAGCUGGAACAGCAACCGCUUGGUCUAUGCACCAGUACACCCACCGAAUCCCCGCUGAUGCCGGCGCUGCCGCCCAAACAGCAAACGCCGAACGCGGAGCACCAGCACCAGCAGCAGCCGGACGAAGAGGAUUACUAUCAGACGCCCCGGAAGUCCAUCAUCAGUGUGGAUGAUAAAAUACCCUCGUAUUAUCCAAAUAGCUGCGACACCCUAAAGACCAAGCGACGCAGUCCCAGCAGCGCCGAAACAGCGGCCGGCAUGCGUCAACUGGUCAGCGCUCGACUGCGUCGCGAGCGCAAGGAGAAUCUGUAUAUAUCAUCGCCCCAACAGAUAAUCGAAAAUCGUCAAAAGUCAUCAUCGUCAAGCAUAAGCAAUGCAUCAUCAUCAUCAUCAUCGUUAGCCAAGACUAGAACGUUAACCAAGAAGACUGCCGCCCACAAGAUCGCCGAGGGUGUCUAUGCCGUCACCCAUGCCACCAACUCCACCGGCAACAAGCACAACAACAACAACAAUACCAACAAUAAUAAUAAUAUCGAUUCAAAGCCGUCGAAUGCUGGCGACAAGGAGGAGCUACUCCAGCUGGCCAUGCUUCAGAAUAUUGAUUUCAAAUUCGACGAUGGCCAAGUCGCUGAGGCUGAGUCUUCGGGCAGCAAAUGUAAGGCCAGCCAGCUGGAGGAUGAGUACGAGCAUUGUUUCCAGGCAGCCGAGCGUGCCACACGCAUGCUGCAGAAAUAUGCUACAUUGGCCAAGUUUGGCCAAGUCUCGCCCCGCAAACAGCAGCAGCGACAGGAGCCCCUCAAACCGGCCAUGACUCAAUCACAAUUGCCCAACGGUCAGUUGCUGCAGCAGCAGGUGGCACCUCCAGCUGGCAACAGCCUGAAGAAGUUUGCCUCGUUGCCGCGCUUCAAGAAAAUUGACUUUUCGCCGCUGAAGAUGCGUCUGAAUAAUGUGCUCCAAAGAAAUGCGACCGCAGCUCCACAAUCGCCUCAGUAGCAAUUAAAUUAAAUGUGCAUUGUUGUUUGUUGUUAGUAAGUUAAAUAAUAAUUAUAACAAUAAGUUAAUCGUUUAAUGCUUUAGUUUUAUGAUUUGCAUGUGAUCCAUUUUCCUUUUCCAUUAAAGCUGUUUUUGCCUCUCAGCUAAAAACUCAAACGCAGCAAUUAGUCUAAAAACAAAAAAAAAAAAACUAUUUAAAGCCUUUUUUGUUCAACUUGAUUUGCCAUAAUUAUCUAAGUAUUUAGUACAUAUAUCAUAUCAUAUUGAAAGUGUAUUCCAUAUCUGAUAACUGAUGUUGUGUCUGUUGGUUGUUGGUUUUUUUUUUCCUUGUGUGUCUAGGCAAUAUGCAACAUGCAACAUGCAUUUUAACCAUAUAUAUAAAUUACAUAUUCCCAUUCAAAGUAUGCUCAAUUAUCGUGAGAAAUCAAGAAACGCUUUUAUUAAUACAUAUACACACAAAUUAUACAAAAGAC